AUGACUAGUCAAAUCUUACUCAGCAAUACCCUAUGCCUACGAUAUGAUGAAGAAGACUUGGAACACCAUAAGAUAUUGCAGGUGAACCGCAAAAGACUUUGGGACUUAGGUCGCAUGGUAAUCACGACUUUCGAGACAGAGCGCUCGAUGACUCUCUUUUGUGAUGGUCUCGCCACUACCACGGGGGACCUGGAUCUCCUAACGGCAUUGAGAUCUGGGUUAUUCGAACUAGUGAAGUCUGACAAGGACAAUGCAAGUGUGGUGCAGCUACCACCUGCCACGCCGCCUCAGAUAGGCCAGCGCAAUAUACCACCCAAACCAUCGCCGCAGCAUCGGCAAGCAUCAGUCGUCGUAUUCACUGAUGCCACACAUGCUGCAUGGAAAGAGGUAUUGCAGCCUGGCCAUACCUACGGUUUGCGGUUGUCUGAGAGCAGCGGCGAAGCGUUUGCAUGUUACAUGGAUGAGAUCGAUGAUCGACCCGAGAACCUGCUACCAGCGCAGAAGCUGCCCGUUGGACGUGAAGGUGGCACAUACUAUUUCACCGUCCACGACGAUCCAGCGCCCCCGCGAAUCUUCGCCAGGCUGGAGAUGCCCAGCAAAGCUCAUCUUCAUAGUCCAAUCCCCUUCACUCUCGUCAUCGAAUACACGACCGACAGUCCCGAGCCUCUCGUGUUCGAUAAAUCACGCUCCUCACUUUCGGUCACGAGACUCUGUUCUGGAGACUUGAACUGUGUUGACGAAUUAAUCGAUUGUCGAGACAAUGAGAGCGGGGAGGAGGUUGAAUGGAAUGCCGUUUUCGCGUGCUGGGAUGGUGAUCCUCAUCCAAAGUUCCCAGAUGAUGACGAUUUCGUGGAGAUCUCAGCGGACAGGCCAUGGCGCUUCGAAUGUACGUUGGAGAACCUAGACAACGAGAAGGGAUGUAUUCGCAGUAUGGAAGGGCUGGAGACUGGUCGCACGUAUAAGGCUCGGGUUGAUGGGCCUGGAGGCUUUAGCCGGUGGCAGUACGGAAAGAAAGAGGAGCUCUUGACCGGGUCGCAAGAAGACAAGGUGAAGAGGUGGGAGGUAAACAUGGAGAAGCUGGGUUACUUGGACGUCGAAAGGUCUGAGGAGGACGUCUAUUUUGAGACUGUUACAUGAGUAAGCGAUAACUUUCCUUGCGAUAUACAAUGAUUCUUUGG